UGAUAUAUUGAACUGCUAACUGACAUGACUGGGUGUACAGGCACAGGAAGUGAAUGUUUUUGGUUGCCCUUUGCUGCAGCUGUAAUUGUCUUCACUGUUAAGGUCUUUACCCAGAUCAUCCUCAGCCUCCUGUUUCCUAUUUCCACAGGUCACCUUUUUGUAAGAAGGUGGAGUGAGUUCAAACCCGCGAUCUUUUCUGCACCAUCAGCCAUAUUAAGUGUGUUCAGACAUCUGUACAGUUUUUGUGAUGUUUAAUGUUACUACAGUGAUGGCUGGAGUUUGGUUAGCCUCGAGUCUACUUUUCUUAAUAUUUCAUUGCACGCUCUGUUUAGAUGUAAAUCAAAUCGAAGUUCCCACAGGUGAUGGUAUUUCUGGAGUUUUGCUCGUCGUAACCAAGGAUAAGAAUUACAGUUUUAAUGCCACAACGGCCAAAGAUGCAUGCGAUGCUAUUAAAAUGAGAAUCGCUACAAAGGCUGAAGUGGAGACAGCAAACCAACAUGGCUUACAGACAUGCAGGUUUGGCUGGGUUGAAGAGCAAAUUGCAGUUAUUCCUCGAACAGAGAGACGCCAAAGCUGUGGUAAAAACAAAACGGGCGUUAUUGUAUGGAGAGCUGACAUCAGCAAAUUGUUUGAUGUUUAUUGUUUUAAGCCAUCAGGUGCUGAAACAACAACAUCAAGAAUGCUUGAACCUACAACAGAAAGGGGCAGAACCUCACCAACCCACCAUUCUUCUACUACAUCAGUUGAUCCAUUAACCAUUCAUACUAGCUCUUCUCCUGUCACAUCUCUUCCUCCCUACUCAUCCCCACCAUCCUUUUCCUCUCCAUUCAACACUUCCUUAAAAACAUUUAUCACAGUUAGUCUUUCCAGCAUUAAUGAAACUUCCCAGGCGACAACAAGCACCCAGGUUCACUCGACUUCCAGAACCUUGAGCAAAUUCUCGACCUCACACCCCUCAUCUUCCUCUCAUUUAUCUACUAAUACUGUUUAUCAGCAUACUUCAACUCCAACAGGCCGACAUGAUCUGUCUCAGACUGGUAGACCUAACAUACCUUCCAGUAGAGCAGUUCCCAAAACAGUUGCUAUCGUUUCUGUUGUGCUACUACUAUUAUUAGCAGCCUCGGGUGCAGCUUGGUAUCUCAAAAUUAAAAGAGGACAACGAUUUCCAUCCUGGACCAGAAUGGGGCCAAAACACAUUACUGAAACUGAGAUGUGGAGACACAUUAGUAAUAGACAUUGCACGCAAGAACAAACGAGCAAAGACAACAACAACAGGAACUGUGACAACAUUAUCCUACAGAUGGAAGAAGAUCCAGACUUAGACGACUCACCACCAUAACCCUUACGAAAAUAAAUUUGACUACAGUUCAAACAAAAAAAACAUGGUUACUGUAUGGUAUCUACAAAAUACCUAGGUUUUGACAACUUUGCUUUUCAAAAACCAUAGUUAAACUAUGUUUAGUGUAGUAAAAUCAUGGUUUUGCUUAUAGUAAUCAAUACACCAAAAAACAUGGUUACUACACCUUUACCACAAUAAAACCAUGGUUACUUUUCGUAAGAACUGUGAGGGAGAGAGCUGUACAUGAUCUAUAUAUUAUGGUAAAAAAAAAUUAUUUAGCUUUUCAUUUGGUUUUAAAUAACCAUUUUUUU